UUUAACUUUUAACCAAAAAAUCUUCCUCAGUGAUUCCUAAAUCCUAAUUUAACGAUUGCCUAAGUAAGCUUGAUAGGCUUGUUUGAACGUGGCUUGAAGCUACGCUGUUGGAUGAAAAUCAAGAAAAUAACAGUUUGCUUCAAUUAUAGAUAAAGUAUAUUAUAUUGCAAUCGAAAAUGAGCGAUUCGCUCUCUAAUGUGCCACCAAGUUUCAAGCCAAUUCAGCACUACCUGAAAACAGCGGCCGAACAUGACAAGAGGGAUCCUGUAGUUGCCUACUACUGCAGACUUUAUGCUAUGCAGAAAGGCAUGGAAAUAGAUAAGAAGUCGCCUGAGUCAAGAAACUUCUUAAGGCUCCUCAUGGGACAUUUGGAAGAGAUGAAAGUGCAGUUGAAGGACAAUGAAGCUAUCCAGUCGGAGCUGGUCGGGCAGGCGCAUGUUGAGAACUAUGCUAUUAAACUUUUUUUCUAUGCUGACACAGAAGACAGAAAGAGUAAUUUUGGCAAAAACGUAGUGAAGGCAUUUUAUACAUCAUCAAUGUUGUUUGAUGUUUUGACAACGUUUGGUGAACUCCCCGAAGAGCUAGAAAAAAGUCGCAAAUAUGCAAAAUGGAAGGCAGCUUACAUCCACAACUGUCUGAAGGUUGGUGCAACUCCACAACCCGGACCCCAGGCCGAAGCUGCAGACGAGUUAGGCAUCUCUACAGAUCAUCAAUUUCAGCUGCCACAAUCAUCAGCUAGUUUAAUUGCUAAUCUGCCUCCUGCCUCCAACCCAGUCACGAACACUGCUAACUACUCUAGCAACUCUGCAAGUGAUGAUGCGGGGGCCAGUCGACCAUAUUUUAUGAACCAACAAAUUAAUAAAGUCUUACCAUUGGAUCCAUCACCAGGCCAUCGAAAUGUUUCUCUGUCUCCAUUCAACCAACCACCUGCACAUUUCAACGAACAGCCUUCCUAUCCCCAACCGUCAUCUUCAUCGUCGCAACCUCCGCAAUUAACAUUUCCUCACAAUUACAUUGAUGCCCCUGCACAACCACAACCAGCUCAGAGGCAUACAUCAGCAACUAACUUUCAACCAAAGCAUGAAGAUUUCAGUAAAGCAAUGAAGUUUUGCAAAUUCGCAAACAGUGCCCUGCAAUAUGAAGAUGCACCGACUGCAAUUUUAAAUUUGACGAAGGCGCUCAAUAUAAUGAAAACUGGCAGUGAAUAGCAAGAAUGGCUCAUUUGAUUGAGUGCUUGAGCUCCAACUAUCAUUGCAGAUUUGUAGAGUGCCUCUAUUGAGUUAUCUUCAGAGGCGCUAAAAUCAUUGAUGCACAAACUAUUGGCUGAAUGUUUAAACUAUUAAUUUGUUGCUUAUUUCGAUUGAAUUAAAAUUGCCAAACAAUUUAAAAUUUCAUAUUUUUGUAUACAUGUUUAAGACAUUUGUAUCAUCACGAGCGUUAAAUCCACGUGCCCUCGGUUAGGUGACUGACUUGAUAAUUCUGCUUACAAUAGCCUAGACUCGGCCUCGCCACGAG